UCCUUAGGGCUGGCGGGGGGCGCUUCCUAGGGAAGCAGGAAAGGAAUUAAAGCAACGGAGGGACGGGACGGCGCACCUGGCUGUCAGGAAGAGGAAAAAAAUGUGUUCCCUCUCUAGUACCGUGUCGCUGCGUACCGCGAGCGGGAGGGGACUGUAAACUCAGGCCUGUCGUGGGGUGGGCAGUAGGGUUUCCAGCGUUCAGUGCUCCUCUUCAGCUCAGCAAGUUGGGACGCUUGCAACUCCGGUGGUUUUUUUUGGAGACGCUUGAAAGGGCAGACACGAUGAAGUCGUCUAGGACAACAGCACUGUAGUGGCAUUGGUGUUCUGUGUAAUGUCUAGUUCUGUGCGUAUACAUACUACUACUACCUACAGCGACCGGGGGUGGGCUUCAGUGUUUGUGUGGAUUUGAAGAGUCAAAUUUCUUAGUGAACUCUUGUAGAAUAAGUAUAUGCAUAAUAUAGCUUUGAAGUUAGCCAUUUGUGUGCCUAAGAUUUUUCCAGUGUUUCUUAUUUCUGUUAUGAGUAGGAUAGAUACCUGCUGCUUUUGAAAUAACUUUAGUUAUGAUUUAGAAAUGGAUUUGCAUUGUAGUUAGCAUCUGCGUUUUUAGAGGAUUCCUUGCAAAGCCACAGCUUGCCUUUCUACAUUACUUUGUGGUCAUAGUGGGCCUGAAAGGCUGUGUGCUGUUGUGAGCUCACCUAGGGCUGUAUUUACAUGAAUUUUGUUGAAGUGAUGUAUUUAGGAGAUCAUUGAAAUACAUGAUCAAAUUAGUUCAGUUUCCCAUAAAUGUACCAGGAGAAAUAAGUAAUUUUUAAUAUUUAAUAUACUUGGAUAUGUAAAUCGUGGUCUCAUGAUCUGGGUGUAGGUGUCACACCUCUUCCCUAAUUAUUUUUGUGUGUGGAGUAAAAGGGUCCUGUUAUACUCAGUGGUGUGUAACUAGCAUCUUGCAGGAACAGACCAAAGCAGAAGAAAGGAUGUUGCUGCUUAUUUAGUAUUUUUGGCGGUGCUUGUUGGGUUGGUUUUUUUGGUUUUUUUUUCCGAGGCAGGCUUUUUUGGUUUGGUCAUGUGAUUAUGAAACAGACCAGAAUUGUUGCAAACCCUAAAAUUUGUUUUCCUUAAUCUACUGGCUGUUGCAUUUUGAGAACAAAUUUUAUAUGCAUGAAUAAGAUAACCAUUAUAAGACUCUUAACCUUUCAGGAACUAACUUAUGGUUAGUUAAGCUGCAUUAAUUAUUAAUCUGAUUUCUUAAUGUAGAAAUGCUUGCAUUUAUAGUUGAACAUCAUCAUAUCUCAUAGUGAAUAUUUAAGGGAGCGAUGUAUACAUGUGAACUGGAAUUUAAGCUCUUAAAUAAAACAGACUAGUUUCACUAACAUACCAGAGUUCAGAGGAAAAAAGCCACUUUUCUGUACAUACAUGAUAUAUGGCUGGAUCUUACUGGAGACAUCCAUGGCCCACUUCCCCCCCCCCCCCCCCCCCCCCUUUAAUUUUCCAAAACAGGUCAAGUCUUUCCACAAAACAGAAACGCCCUUGGGGAUGGAAACUACCUGUGCUCAGUGUAGAAGGCCAGUUGCCAAGUUGUUGGUUUAUCUUGUGCUAAUUUUAUUUCUGAGCAGGUAUUUCCUUUAGUGUAUAACUUCCUUUAGGAGCAGAAAAACAGGAAAGAAACUGGUAAUGAGGAGCGUGUUGUGACCAAACAUGUUGUUAGCAUGGAGUCUGACACUUCUAGUCUCUAGCUUCUGCAUAGUUUCAGAAAGCUCACCUAUCUCGGAGUUGUAACUCACCUUCCAAGCAUAAUAUAUAUGGAAAAUAGUAGCAGUUUCCAAGUGAAUAGUAAUUCUCAAGAUGAUAACAGUGUAGGAAUAAAUCGGUCCUUGUUUUUUGUGUAAUUUCAUGUUGUUGCCUUAUUAGAAUCUCCUGGAUGUGCUUGGGUUUCUGGACUGCAGUGCUAUCAAAGACAGCUUUGAUGGCUUUAGAAGAGAGGGAAACUUCCAAGUCUGGAACUGCUUCAUCAAUUACCUAUUUCUUUUUCGUUGCCAAGGAUGCAAAUUUCAUACAUUACUCAAGAAUCUAGAGCUUCCAACUCCUGUUUCUUCUUUCCUAUCUUUGAGAUCUGUUGGCUAGGUGUAUUGAUUUACAUAAUUGAUUUUAAUUGUUUUUAGUGCUUGUAUUCCCCCUUGCUAUUAGUUGGCAUAAUCAUUUUGAAACAUGUUGAUUUGUAACUUGGCAUAUCCUUAAUAGUAACUAAGUAUUAAAGUGCCUGAGCUUGGUACUUUUCAUUGCUAGCUGGGAGGAUUGCUAUCUCUACACACAUGAAUUCUUGUAUAGUUUGGCUUAUGGUUGUUCAGUUCUUAAUUCUGACAUUUUAUUAUGUUAAAAAUAGUGAAUGACUCACUACUUCAGACAUGUUUUUGCUUGUGAUUUGUAUGAAGCUAUCGUUGCAUGGAAAUAGGAAUUUGAUUAAACGUGCACAGAAGUAGUAUUUAAAGCUUUUUCUUUUAUUAGUUAAAACUAGAUUAAGUAAAUGAAAUGUCCAGGGAAAUAAGUUUUGGUGGUUGUUUUUUUCUUUUUUCUUUCAAACAUACAGGUUUAUUGAAGUGUGAAUUGUAGCUAGUGAAGUUAGAAUUCAAGAGAUAUUUAGAUGCCUAAAGAUGCAGAUAGGAACCUGUGACUCUUUCAUAGAUUUUAAGUGUUUCCCAGAAUUUUAUUGGAAGUUAGGCAUUUAAUCUGGCAGACUUCUUAAUGGGAUUUUUCAGAAGAACUUAUUUCUUCUCCUAGUAUCAAAAUAUCUAAAAAAGCAAAAAAAAAAAUUGCAUGUCUAUAUAUCUGUUUUUCCUUUCUUAUAAUUUGGAAAAAAUCAAGCAAAUUUUGUUUUGAAUUAGUCCAGUUAAAGAGUAUUAUAUCUAUAUAUCUUACACCUUUCCCUACUAAUUAAAUUGGCAAUAGUCAAUAUACUUAUUCCAUGUUAUAUAUUGAAGUAUACUGUUAAUAAUUCCAUGUAUGUAGUGCAGUAUGUAUCUCUGUUUAUUGAUCUUUGCCUGACCUCAGAAGAUAAACAGAUUCAAGGAAGGCAAUUAAUAGCCUGUCCCAUAACUCAUUAACAUUUGAUGACUAACUUUUGGAAUGGUCUCAUUCAGAUUUGAUGUUAAAAUCACCUCAUCAAAAUUACUUAAGCUGAAAGGAAUAAUAAUUACUUAAAACCAAACCCUCUUACCAACCUGUUACUUAAUGCUGCUCUCCAGCUUGAUAGGGAGUUACUUUGGAUCACCCAGUAGUAAUUUGGUUUAGUUUGCAAUCCAGUACUGCUGUGGCCUUCCAGCAGCUAUACCAGUCCUGUUUUAGACAGCUGACUUCCCAGAAGUUACCCAGAACAAAAUGGUCAUUCCAGUGACAUUGUUGAAGGGGAGAGUCUUAUUCAUAGAACUUGAAUUCAAGGAUUAUUUUUAUUCUAUCAGAAUUUCAGUUCAGGAUAUUAAGCUAACUUCAGCCAUAGAUCUUUUCAUCCAUAAGUCAGAAAUGUUCAUCGCUGUGUAGUUAUGAGAACUACAGGAGACUUGUGCAUCUGUAAACAUCUUUUCAAGUUCAUAGUUUUUCAGUUAGCUGAGAUCUCAGAGCUGUAUGUCAACCAAGCACAGUGCAGUGACAGAGGUUAGGUUUGGACUGGGGAGAACCGAGCCUCUUACAGUUCUCCUUUGGCAAGUAUGUGGCUUUGGAUAAGCUGAUUCUUACUUUGGUGCCUCAGUUUUUCAGCCUUUAAAGCGAGGAGAGUAUCUCCUUCAAAAUUGUCUUGAACUCUUCAGAGAGGUGCGAGAGAGGUAGGUAGUAUUGGAGGACUUUCCAGGCACAAAAUGAUGUUCCUACACCACUUAUCCUAAUGUUUUGAACAGAUUUGCUUCUCUUGGGCAAGUGACAAUAUAAAUGAUGGUAAUUUUGGACUAGAAAUUCAGAGAUCCUCGAUAUAUCUAUUGUUCUCCUGAGGAGUAUUUCGUAUGGUUCCAUUACAAGGGAAUGGGAUGCGACUCCUGACUUUGACAAAUACAAAAUUUUGUUCUUCAGCAAAUGGUUAUCACUGGCAGCAAAACACAGUAUGUAUGUGGAAAACAGGAAUCAUGUACGUAGCAUGCUCCUACCAUGUGCGCCUCUCUGGAGCACAUCAUGGAAAUGAGAUGGUUUCAGAUCAGCUGUAAACCAAAGACUCCAGCUUUGUAAAUUUACAGUUCAAAGGUGGUUCACAUCACAUAAAUGUUCUGCAACAAGACUCCUGUCAUCUCCUCAAUCUUUUCUGCUACUGAAGGUCAUACUCAAAUGUUCCAGCUAUUUAUAGUAAUUAAUUUCACAGUUUCAACUUGUCUUCUGUCGAACAGGUCUGCUUUUUCAGUUACCGACUGUCAGCCGCAUGCUGCCAAAAAUGUCUUUGAUCUUACUAGCAGGUAUAUAUCAAUUUCUCCAUGGCAUCCUUGACUGGUUUUGUUACCUAAUGUCUAAAACAGUGCAUGUUAGUUUUACUCUUUUUUCCUGUUUCUGAAGAUUUAUAUUCUUUAAAAUUGCACCAGAAUAGGAAGUUACGAUAUCAAUGACUUCUUUUGCUAAAGCUUAGUACUACUGAUGCUCUGCUGAACAGAGCUUAAUCUACUGGUUUGUAUUGUUCUUGCAACUUUACUCCUAAGCCAGGAAAAACAAUGCUGUAGAGAGACCUGGGAUACCAGUAAAGCCACGAACUAUUUAUUUCUGUGGGCCUAACACACUUAGGAAGUCUGCAUGUCUCUGUAGCCAUUUAAAGUUCAGUGCAAAAUCUGUCAAUGGAUUAGGUUGCAUGUUAAGCUGUUAUCAGAUAACCGGGAUAGUGGUCAGUGAUGCAGAGAUAGGAUGCAUACUAAUUUGGUGAAAAGAAGCUGUGACUUGAAGCAGAAUGUCAUUGCUUUAGCUGAGCAAUAUCCUUGUAUAUCCUUGAUAUACUUGUCGUUUAGCUGCUUCAGCGGCUAACUGCACCUGAAACUUGAAGGUCUGAAGUCAAGACUUCUGCUAUAACAACAGAUAUUAGCAUAUAGUAGGCUGUCCUUCUUCCUCCUCCAAAUAUUAACACCUUUUCUGUUUUUCUUAACUAACUGGCUUCACCUGAAGAAACAGUGAACAUUGGGUUUGACUAUUUUGACUGUUUUCCAGUUAAACAACUAGUGAAAACUAAGAGCUUGAGAUUCCUGUUUGUGUAUAUUCACUGAAAAGGAUCAGUGACACUAAAUUAGUAGUAAUUAAAGUGGCAUUAAUUAAGCAUAUCUGUUUCAAGUGAGUGAAUGUUAAAAGACAGCUGUCUUUGAAUUGUAUUACAGGCAGGGCUCUGUUGAAAUAGCAGAUCUUUGAUAUGGCUGGAAGGUAUUUCUACAGCCUUCAUCUUACACUAAUUGUGUAUUUUUGUAUGGAAUUUAAAGUAUGUCAUUUCAAGUAAGGUAUUUCUGCAUUCACUGUUCAUCAUGAACUAUAAUGAUACUGAUGUCUUAGACAUUAGACAAACAAGUCCCUGGUUAUUCCUCGAUUUUUGGAAUGCGAAAGAACAGUGCAAGGUUAAAUAAACCUGGAAGUAUUUGAUAGGUGUGGUACUCUAGUGUCCUUUAUGAUGAUGAUUUUGUUGUCACAACUAUCCCAUUCUUAAUUACGUUUCUGUGUUCACAUGGAAGAUAGAUAAAACCUGACCCUGUUUUUAAGAGGAGGAGAAAUGUCCAAACAGGAAAACAGACUUUGGUAGCCUGUGGCCAUUGCUUUAUAACCACUCCCAAGUGUUUUAACCCCUGCCAUUCCAGCAUCCCUUUGCUCCCGUUAUCUCCUUAAUUUUCUUUUCUCCAGUCUGCAGCAGUCAUGCUUACCUGGCUGUAUGGAAAUGACUCAGAAGGAAAAAAAUGGAAUGUGAAAUGUUAAUAGGUGAAGCCCUUCUGCACAGAGAAGAUGAAUUAAAUAAGCAUUGGGAAUAUAGGUUGUUAGGUCUUUUUAAUCCUUAGGUCUGGGUCUGCUUGUUCUCUAGAAUGCCAAAGGUGAAGUAAACAGGUUGAUGAUGAUGUUGAGAGUUUAGCUGGAAAAUGAUGGAAUGUUGAAGAAACUGCGUUUAUAUUUUGAGUGGCCUGGUAUUGAUAAGCUUUAAGCAGACAAAAACACAGAAGCCGAAAAAGUAGCUGUUUAAUAUGGAAAUGAAAAAAAUGUGGAUAUCUUAUCAGUAGUUGAAGGAAAUGCACAGGUGUACUCGGUGGGAAAACUGGGUAAUUUUUGGAAGAGGAAUAAAGUCUUACUGAACCUUGUUUUAACUCUCCAGCCUUAGAAGCUGUGUUGAUGAAGUAAAUUAUCUUAAUUCAUCAGUCUACGUCUUGAUGAGAAUUAAUGUACAAACUCUUCUGCUUUUCCUUUCUCUUUGAUACUUCUGUUGUAGAGAAAAAAAUUAAACAAGAGUUUUAGUGCAAGUAGUUAAGUUCUAAUUUAGAAAGAAGUUUGUUAGACAAUUACUUUUAAGGGGUAACUAUGAAAGGUUUUUGAAAAAGUGCUAAUGCGUAAAUUAAUUUUAUUUUCCUGCUUUCAGUCACUCAAGUGCAGCCACUGAUCACGAGAUGUUACCACGAAAUCUACCUCAGACUUCGCUUUUGUUCAUUCAUUUGCUGCAUCAUAGAUCUCAACAGGAGCUCUGCAGGCACUCUUGAAAGUCUCUAAACAGAUUGUGGCAAGUCAAAGUGUGAUGACCUAAUAAGAGGUCAAAGUCUGAAACACUGAUUCAGCAGUCCAAGAUAACACUGCCUUUUUUUUAUCAAUAUCACUUCUGAAGGCUACAGACCUCCUGCAUUUCUUCCCUGGUUACUUCAGAAGCAUUCAACUGACGUUUCUCUGGUGAAAAGAUCUUGACUUUUCUCUCUGGUCCUGGAAAUAUUAAUGGAAUACAGUCAUGUCUACCCAGGACGAGAGGCAGAUAAAUACAGAGUACGCUGUAUCCUUGCUGGAGCAGUUAAAAUUCUUUUAUGAACAGCAGUUGCUAACUGACAUAGUGUUGAUUGUUGAGGGCACUGAAUUUCCCUGCCAUAAGAUGGUUCUUGCAACAUGCAGCUCGUAUUUCAGAGCCAUGUUCAUGAGCGGGCUAAGUGAAAGUAAACAAACACAUGUACACCUGAGGAAUGUGGAUGCAGCCACUUUACAAAUUAUCAUAACUUACGCAUACACGGGUAACUUGGCAAUAAGCGACAGCACAGUAGAACAGCUUUAUGAAACUGCCUGCUUCUUACAGGUAGAUGAUGUGUUACAACGGUGUAGAGAAUACUUAAUCAAAAAAAUUAAUGCAGAAAAUUGUGUGCGUCUGUUAAGUUUUGCUGAUCUCUUCAGCUGUGAAGAGUUAAAACAGAGUGCUAAAAGAAUGGUGGAGCACAAGUUCACAGCUGUGUACCACCAGGAGGCUUUCAUGCAACUGUCACAUGAUCUACUGAUAGAUAUUUUAAGCAGUGACAAUUUAAAUGUGGAAAAGGAGGAGACAGUUCGUGAAGCUGCCAUGUUAUGGCUGGAGUACAACACAGAGUCACGAUCACAGUAUCUGUCCUCUGUUCUUAGCCAAAUCCGAAUCGAUGCUCUUUCAGAAGUAACGCAGAGAGCCUGGUUUCAAGGCUUACCACCUAAUGAUAAGUCAGUGGUGGUGCAAGGACUGUACAAAUCAAUGCCCAAGUUUUUCAAGCCCAGACUUGGUAUGACGAAAGAGGAGAUGAUGAUAUUCAUUGAAGCUGCUGCUGAAAACCCUGGUAGUCUUUAUUCUUCUGUCUGCUAUAGCCCUCAGGCAGAAAAAGUUUACAAACUCUGCAACCCUCCUGCUGACUUGCAUAAGGUUGGGAUGCUUGUCACUCCUGAUAAUGACAUCUAUAUAGCAGGUGGGCAAGUUCCUCUGAAAAACACGAAAACCAAUCACAGUAAAAGCAGCAAACUCCAGGCUGCCUUCAGAACUGUGAAUUGCUUUUACUGGUUUGAUGCACAGCAAAACACUUGGUUUCCAAAGACACCGAUGCUCUUUGUUCGUAUAAAGCCAUCCCUGGUCUGCUGUGAAGGCUACAUCUAUGCAAUUGGAGGAGACAGCGUUGGUGGAGAACUCAACAGGAGAACUGUGGAGAGAUAUGAUACUGAGAAAGAUGAGUGGACCAUGGUAAGCCCGUUGCCUUGCGCAUGGCAAUGGAGCACAGCAGUAGCAGUUCACAACUGCAUUUACGUAAUGGCACACAACUUGAUGUACUGUUAUUUUCCCAGGUCAGAUGCUUGGGUAGAAAUGGCUAUGCGACAAACAAGUAGAUGUUUUGCUUCAGCUGCUGCUUUUGGUGAUAAAAUAUUCUAUAUUGGAGGACUGCAUAUUGCCAGCAAUUCUGGUAUAAGGCUCCCAAGCAGUACUGUAGAUGGGUCUUCCGUAACCGUGGAAAUCUAUGACGUGAAUAAAAAUGAAUGGAGAAUGGCAGCCAAUAUCCCUGCCAAGCGGUAUUCUGACCCAUGCGUUAGAGCUGUUGUCAUCUCUAAUUCUUUAUGUGUCUUUAUACGAGAAACCCACAUGAAUGAGAGGGCGAAGUAUGCCACCUAUCAAUAUGACCUGGAACUUGAUCGCUGGUUUUUAAGGCAGCAUAUAUCAGAACGUGUGCUGUGGGACUUGGGGAAAGACUUCCGGUGCACGGUAGGAAAGCUGUAUCCGUCUUGCCUUGAAGAGUCCCCAUGGAAACCUCCAACGUAUCUCUUCUCACCAGAUGGAGCUGAUGAAUUUGAGCUGGAUGGGGAGAUGGUUACUUUACCACCUGUAUAGCUCCUGAAUUAGACUGCACAACUGAUUUUGUGCUCAGUUAUCUUGAAAUAAAUGAUUGUGAAAGAACAGGUCUGGAAACAGAAGUGUCAAACCUGUCUUUCAUGAGUUGUAUUUUUAUGCCCUACCUAACACUUGCCGCCAUUCAGUAUGAAUCAGUGAAAUGAGCAGAUAGGCUUCCAUAAUCUGAAAUACUAUUAUCUGAUAAUUGAGAAAUGUAGAUGUAUAUCAUGAGCUUAAGCAUCUGACUUGUCUAAAGAAUUAAUUUCUAGUUCUAUGAAGUCUCAGUUCAGGAAAAUUAGCUUCAGAAAAAAGUAGUUACUGUUUCUAGGAUGAUGUCACAACUCUCUUGAAAGUAUCUUCCAGUUAUAUUUGAAUUACUUCUGGAUAUUCUACUUAAGUGCUAGUUAUAUAAUUGUCAGUGCAGCCUAAUCAAAGGACUGUGCUGCACUUACUUAAUACUAACAUCCAUGUUGGUAUAGUAAUGCCAUUAAAAGAAAAAGAAACAAAUCCCAUGGAUCUACCUGUGGUAGGAAGGGUAGAUCUUCCAUUGUAUGGUAACAUGCAGGGCAAAAUGACUGCAGGUUCAGUCACAUGUAUUAUUAGGUGCAUGUAUUCUAUUUUCACUAACUUAUACCUGUCUAUUAUAGAAUACAGGUCUUCCAAGCAGCUGGUAGUUUACCAGGUGUGGACUUAAGUUGCUGGGCUUGCAAUAGGAAUUGUCAGCCCUCAUAGUGCGGGUCUAUGUGGAGCUUUAAUCAGUAAAUGUCUCCACGGUCUGUAUUACAGUAACAUUGGCUCAUGUAUAUUACUUCCUGCUGCUGAUGUAUUUUUCCAUUGUAAAACAAAGUUUUAGUGUGGAUUAACCAGGUCUUUAUUUUCUGUUAAUUUAAUAACAAGCAUUACUGUAGUGUGAUUGUGUAUAGAUACCCCUUAGCUAUCAGGUUUUUUACUUUGGGGGGGUGGGGGGAGAAGCAAACUGUUCAGGAAUAUCCUGUGCUGUGUGCAGGAGAGCAGAUGACUAGUGCUGCUCUAGCAUUAAUCCCAGGAACCACUAGCAGUAGUGGGGCACCGCCAAUCUAACAUGAACACAGGUGCUUCAUGACAAACCUUACUAGCAUGUUCAGCUGCAUCAUGUUCUGGCACUGUAUUUUGAAUGACAUUAAUUUAUUAAAAAAGACUGAAUCCAA